AUGUUCCCACAGUCCCCAAUCUCCUCCUCGCCGCCCCAUCCCCUCAAGACACCGCCGACUGACGACAAAAUGGUUCUCUCUAACCACCGCUUCGGCAUUGAAUACGGCCACAAGACCACCAAGAUCGACAAGGUCGCGAAGCCCUCGCACCGCAAGGGUGUCGCUUCGCAGCGCACCAAGUUCGUGCGGUCAAUCGUGCGGGAGGUUGUUGGCUUUGCGCCUUACGAGCGCCGGGUGAUGGAACUGCUGAGGAACUCCAAGGACAAGAAGGCUCGUAAGCUCACGAAGAAGCGGUUGGGCACGAUGCUUCGCUCGAAACGCAAGUUGGAGGAGCUCAGCAACGUCAUCCAGGAGAGCAGGAGGGCGGCCCACUAA